UCCCUUGGAAAAAUCCCAACUCAGACAAACUCUACACUCGUCCCUUCAAUUCAAUUUCCAUUUCCAUUUCCAUCAGUUCAUCAAAAAGUGAAAAAUGGAGGUGACGUCGGUACAGGGCGUCGCCGGCGGUGUCCAGCACGUCCUCUGCGGCCCCUCAUCGCCCAUUUCUUCUCUUUCCAUUCUCUCUCCGACUCUAUGGAGGAGCGCAAGAGCCAAGAAUUCUCAUCUCUGUUGUGUCACAACUCGUGUCGCGGAGGCUCCCAACAAUGGCAGUAACAGUGCCCCGAAGCGCCACUCCAAGCACUACUUAGCCAGACAAUCUGCAAUUGUUCAAGUCCAAGACUCCUCCGACUUGGGCUCCGCUCUCACAAGAUUAGGUAGGAGUUUGACGGUUCAAGACUUGAAUGCCAUUAUACGCCAUUUGGGGACGAAGAAAAGAUGGCAUGAUCUUUCCCAGCUCUUUGAAUGGAUGCUACAGAAUGAAAAAGUCAGUGCAUCAUCCUAUAGCAGCUAUAUAAAGUUCAUGGGAAAGAGCCUCAAUCCUGUGAAAGCAUUAGAAAUAUACAAUAACAUUCAAGAUGAAUCAACCAAAAAGAAUGUUCACAUAUGCAAUUCUGUUCUUGGUAGUCUGAUCAGGAGUGGCAAGUUUGAUGUCAGCUUUAAGUUAUUUGACCAGAUGAAGCAGAAUGGUUUAACGCCAGAUGCUGUCACAUAUAGUACGCUGCUUGCAGGUUGCAGCAAACUCAAAAAUGGUUAUAAUAAGGCAUUAGAAUUUGUUCAAGAAUUGCAGCGUAAUGAGCUGCAGAUGGACAGUGUAAUUUAUGGUACACUUUUAGCUGUCUGUGCAUCUAAUAAUAAAUUGGAGGAAGCUGAAGGUUAUUUUAAGAAGAUGAAGGAUGAGGGUCAUUCACCAAAUGUCUACCACUACAGCUCUUUGCUUAAUGCGUACUCUAUGAGAGGGAACUACAAGGAGGCUGAUGCUUUGGUUCAAGAUAUGAAAUCUGCAGGGUUAGUACCAAAUAAGGUUAUUUUGACAACUUUAUUGAAGGUUUAUGUCAGAGGGGGGCUGUUCGAAAAAUCAAGAGAGCUAUUAGGUGAACUGGAAGCUUUGGGUUAUGCUGAAGAAGAGAUGCCGUACUGUUUAUUGAUGGAUGCCCUUGCUAAGGCUGGGCGUAUACAUGAAGCUAAGUUGGUUUUUCAUGAAAUGAAGGAGAAGUCCGUUCGAUCAGAUGGCUAUUCUUACAGCAUCAUGAUCUCAGCUUUCUGCCGAGGUGGGCUUCUGGAAGAUGCAAAGCAGCUGGCUAAGGAUUUUGAAGGAACCCAUGAUAGAUAUGAUUUAGUUAUGUUGAAUACAAUGAUCUGUGCCUAUUGCAGAGCAGGCGAUAUGGAUAGUGUUAUGGAAAUGAUGAGAAAAAUGGAUGAAUUAAAAAUCACUCCUGAUUAUAAUACCUUCCAUAUCCUCAUAAAAUACUUCUGUAAGGAGAAGUUAUACCUGCUUGCUUAUCAGACCAUGGAGGACAUGCACAAGAAGGGCCACCAACCAGAUGAGGAGUUGUGUUCCUCCUUAAUGUUUCUUCUUGGUAAGAUAAGAGCAUAUUCAGAAGCAUACUCUGUUUACAAUAUGCUGAGAUAUAGCAAGCGGACAAUGUGCAAGGCCCUUCAUGAGAAGAUUCUGCACAUUCUAGUAGCAGGACAGCUUCUCAGAGAUGCGUAUGUAGUAGUCAAGGACAAUGCAGGGUUAAUUUCUAAGCCUGCUAUUAAAAAGUUUGCAACUGCCUUUAUGAAGUUGGGAAACAUCAACUUGAUAAAUGAUGUUUUGAAGGCAGUUGAUGCUUCUGGCUGCAAGAUAGAUCAGGGACUAUUUCAGAUGGCCAUAUCUCGCUAUGUUUCACUCCCUGAGAAGAAGGACAUGCUUUUUCAAAUGCUACAGUGGAUGCCAGGACAAGGUUAUGUUGCUGAUUCAGCUACAAGAAACCUGAUACUGAAAAGCUCUGACUUGUUUGGUCGCCAACAGAUUGCGGAGAUACUCUCAAAGCAGCAUAUGAUUUCAAAAGCUUCAAAAUCUCGCGAGAAGGAGAAAAGAGUUUGAAAUCUGUGGAAAUUCCAGUAAAGCUUUGACUAUCUACUAUGCCGUCAACCACUGGCCUUCCACCAGCAUCUAUACAGAAACGCUGAAGAGCCCUAUUGAAAUUCGGCGCGUAAGUUCUCUUCUGCCUUGGUAAAAACAAUAGUUUCUUGCGGAUCACUGACCAUCCAUAUGGACCAUAUCGCAGCUGCUCGGAAUAUGGUAGGACAAGUGGCCCCAAGUUGGAUGUGUUAGUUGUUAAAACUUUGGUGGCCGCAUGUACAAGAGCCCUUGACAAUUUGAAACCUCUGCAAGUCCAGCUUCUUCUGGUUGCUGGAAGACAGAUUGGUAUGCUUCGUCAUUCGAACAAAUGUGUGUUCGGACAAGAUGCUGGAGCUUGUACUCCGCUAUUUUCUUGUCCUGCUUCCGAUUGUAUGUCAGUUAAAUGCGACAAUUAUCUCAAAUAAACUCGUUACAAUUUUAACAGAAGAUAUGAUUUUACU